CCCGCGUGGCGCGGGAAUGGAGGGGCCGCUGGAUGAUCCGGCCGUGGAGCCCGGCGGGCAGCGGGAAGUAGCAGAGCAGAUGGAGAACCCGGCCGAGGGGCCGGGAGGGCAGCGAGAGGUGGUGGAGCAGCUGGAGGACCUGGCUGUGAAGCUGGGAGGGCAGCGGGAAGUGGUGGAGGAGACGGAGUGCCUGGCUGUGGAGUCAGGAGGGCAGCGAGAGGUGGUGGAGCAGCUGGAGCACCCGGCUUUGGGGCCUGCCGGGCAGCGGGAAGUGGCGGAGCAGCUGGAGGACCCGGCCGCGGGACCGCGCGGGCAGCUGCAGAAUCUGGCUUUGGGGCUGGGAGGGCAGCGGGAAGUGGUGGAGCAGAUGGAGAGCCUGGUCGUGGAGCCGGACAGGCAGCGGGAGAACCUGGCCGAGGAGCCGGGCGGGCAGCGGGUAGUGGUGGAGGAGACGGAGUGCCUGGCUGUGGAACCGGGCGGGCAGAGGGAAAUGGUGGAGCAGAUGGAGACCCUGGCCGUGGAGCUGGGAGGGCAGCGGGAGGACCUGGCCGUGGAGCAGGGCGGGCAGGGGGUAAUGGUGGAGCAGGUGGAGAACCCGGCUUUGGGGCCGGGCGGGCAGCAGGAAUUAGUGGAGGAGAUGGAGUGCCUGGCCGUGGAGCCGGGCGGGCAGCGGGAAGUGGUGGAGCAGCUGGAGAAGCCGGCCGUGGAGCCGGGCGGGCAGCGGGCGGCCGAGCAGGAGAUGGUGCAGAGCCCUGCGGAGGGCAGCGGGGAAGCCCAGGCCCCUCUCCCCCCAGCCGUGGGACCGCGCCGCUCGCCGCCGCCCGCCUGGCCCCGCUCUCCCGCCGCCGCUGUGCUCUCGUCGGACUCGGACAGUGAUUCAGAUUCAGAUAGUUCAUCAAGUACACUCUUCUCUUCAUCUUCAUCUUCAGCAGUAUCUGAUGAAGAUGAUCAUCCAAAUGAGAAGGAUAACAGAUCUUACUGUAUUAGGACAAAGGAUGAGUUGCCUAUUGAUAAAUUGCCUCCUGUUGAAGACUUAUCAAUAAUUCUUCCAGAUAAUGUUGAACUGAAGCUCUUUGGGACAGUUUCCAGCGUCAUUGAACAGCUAGUAAUAAUUGAAUCACUGAAAGGCCUGCCUCCAGUAAAUGAGGAAAGCAUAAUUUUUAAAGAAGAUCGGCAAGCAGUAGGAAAGAUAUUUGAGGUAUUUGGUCCUGUUUCACAUCCUUUUUAUGUGAUAAGAUUUAACAGCUCUGAGCAUAUCAAAGAGAAAGGUAUUAAUGUGCAAGAUAGCAUGUAUUUUGCUCCAUCAGUAGAGGACUUCACCCAGUAUAUAUUUGCAGAAAAACUAAAACAGGAAAAAGGUUCAGAUGCAUCUUGGAAGAAUGACCAAGAACCACCACCUGAAGUUUUGGAUUUCAGUGAUGAUGAUAAAGAAAGAGAGGCAAAACAGAAGAAAAAGAAACCUCAAAGUCAAGGAAGGAAGAAAGUCCGAUCAGAAACAUUUCCACCAAGUGAGAAUAAAGAACUUCAUCACUCAGUGAAGCAGCCUGCUUCAAGUUACUCAAGGGGGUACCGUGGCAGAGGGUUCUCCAGGGAUCUGUUUGCUGCUCCAUCAGGCCCUCGAGGGUUUUUCAGACCACAAGUAAGACCACCACCGCUGUACUUUUCAGACUGGAGGAUGCACCAGGAACCACCAGUGUUCCCACCACCUCACGGGAGAGAAAAUCCAACCAUGCAACAGUAUGGCUUUCCUCCUCCAGAUUUUGGUUAUGUCAGUGACUGGCAUCAGUUCCCCCCUCCGCCUUCAAAUAUGAACAUGAUGUGGACAGGCCCAAACGCGUACAGUUCAUCCUACUCGUUUCUGCCGCUGCCGCCGCCACCACCGCCGCCACCUCCUGCUCCAGACAGCCAGCCUCCUCAGUUCAGGCCUCAAUGAGAUUCCAUGCAGGUCCAUGUGGAGCAUUGCAGUUUACAGGGAGAAAUAACAGCCUGUCAGGACUGCAUUCCCUUAUUCUGGAGAUGCUUUCUUUUACUGCAGCGGUAGAACAAAUGCAGAGUUUUGUGCUUUGUGGGACAUCUGCAGGAAAUUAUUUUUUUCUGUGUAUGUUUUCUGUUUCCAAAAAGAAAUUUAUAUGUUAAAAAUAACUGAAUAUUGAAUAAUAGUUUAUUUUUAUAUCUGCUACUUUAAGAUGAUAAAUAAAAGCCUUUUGGAGAUUGGUAUGUAGUGAUGGAAAUCUAUUUUGUAAUAAAUGUAAGAGUUUGUGUAACUACUCUUAAGUAGUGAUGAGGGUAUCUCACACAGACAAUAUUAUAUUUUUAGAAUGAUGGUGUAUUGCUGUGCUAAAACAUUUUUCUCAAUUUCUGCUAAUUUGAAACUUACGUGGGAACUGAAAAUCUGAUGUCUAAAUUUUGAGGUAGGUUUUUUUCCUGUAUACCAGGCAUAAACCACUACUCAGCUUUCAAUACUUUACUAAUUUCAUAUUAACUAAAAGACUGUGUCUGGAUGGUUCUUUUUAAAAAAUAUCUGUAGUACCUAGAUCUGAAUUGGGACAGUGCUGACUUGCUGUGCCACAUUUGGUGUUCUCCAAUGGUUGUAGAAGAUCAACCUAUUCAUGGGUUUUGGAUUUAAUUUAGAAUCUAAAAUCAGCAUGAUUUCUCUAGCUUGGCUCUAGCUUCUCUAGCUCCUAAUGCAGAGGUGCUCAUAAAUACCUACUAGAGUGUGCAGUCAGCCUUUCUAGGAAGAAGUCAUCAGGUCUGUUGGAGAGAAAGCUAUUUCAGAACUCCCUUGUUUAAAUUGGUAAGUGCAGAUGGCACUAGAUUGCUGUUUGAUUACAGUCUAAGCUGUCUCUUCUGAAAUUGAGGUUCAUCAACUCUCCCAGCUUGUUUCUGGGAUGGAGGUGAAGUUAUCAACCAAGGAUCACUUGGAAGAACCUCCACCUGUCCAAAGAGUUGGUCCCCCAAUUGCACUUCCCUAGUUUCUAUGGAAGUGACUCUGCCUGGCUAGGUUGGAAGACUUACAAGGCAUCAAUAUUUUUUAAACAGGAGGAAAAAGUACUUUUGGGAUAGUAAUCUUAAGGAUUAUUUUUCAACUGAAGUCAUUACUAGUUGUGAUUUCUGAAUGUUUACCAGUACAGUCGCCUUGACCUGAUAAAAGUGUGCAGUAUGUAUUUCUAGUCUCAGAUUUGUUUUGACCUGAUUGCUUUAAAUAUGUAAAGUCUAAGUAAGCUGUGUAGGUGUUUUUAGACCUUAAUUCCUAAUAGCUUUAAGAAUGAAGUAAAAUUUUAAUGCAGAGAUGAAAGGACCACCUUGUCUAAGAUGGGGCAACUCAGAACUAGAAUGUAAUUUCAGACUUGAAAGUUUGCUAUAAUAUAUUUAAGUAACAGUAUUUUUUGAUAUAUCUAGAACUGCUGUUUCAUGGGUUUGCAGCUGAGAAGGUUGUAUAGAUGUCAGUUUAUGGCAAGCUAAGGUUAAGGUAGUCUACAGUGGCAACAAAUAGUUUCAGAAGAGCAGCAUUCCAGACAUUUGUGUUUAACUUGGUUCCUGCAGAUAAACUUUGUAGUAAAAAGAAUGCCCAGUUCUAGUUCAUUGUAAAUGUUUCAGGGGAACGGAGAAGGGGCUGCAUUUCUGGCUAUUUCAGCAGUAACCUGGAUAUGACCAUUCUCACUGACAAGGGAUGGUACAAUGAUAGAGAUGUUACAAGUGAAGUAUCAAACAUAAAACCAUUUUCAAGUCAAUUAUGUAGUAAAGGGAAAGAAAUUGUCAACAUCACACUUGGACUUGGGGUGCUAAUGGCUUGCUGUAUGUCCCUGGCAUAGACAUCAUCAGUCAAAGUGGCAUUUGAAGAGUUAACACCAAGAACUGGAGUGAGGUACUAGGAGGUACAGGUACAACAGUCUUAAUUAUUACUACUAUUGCAACUGUUUUUUUUAAUGUAUAGUAAUGUUCACUUUUUUCUGCAAUAAUUAGAUCUGUACUAAUAAUUCCUUGAAUUAGGCUUUUAAGAUUUCUCUUAAAUGAAGAUGUGUUCUCCUUCGUCUUAACUAUUUUUGCAUGUGGCAAACCCAGUAUAAAGCUGGUUUACAGAAUGUAGUUUGACAAAUAUGCUGCAAUCUAAGGUGUUUUGCUAAUUCUUGGUUGUUAACUGCCAUGCUGGAUUUGUGUGCACUUGCCUGCUUGCUAUGCUUUGGGCUGUGAUUGGUCAAAUGUAAGUAUUUUCUAGUGGAGAAAGCAGAAGAAAUAAGAAUAUUUUCUAGUAGUUAAAAAAAUCUCUCUAUUUCUGGCUCCUGUUGUCCUCACAUUGGGCCUGGAAAGCUACAAUAGAGCUCUGUUACUUCUGUAAUAUUUUUAGUUAUUCCCCUUUUAGGGAAAUUUCUUGAUGAACUGCUUUCCAGAGAAAGCUUAAGGCAUGGGAUGGAGGGGAGAGACUCGAGGAAAAGAGGCUUAGGGGAAGAUUAGACAUGAUUUUUCAAAGGAUUGAGGUUUACAAAUAGAAGUAUGGAUGCAGUAAACUAUUGGACUGUAUAAAUUUCUGUGACUGAUAACAUGGGAGAUGGAAAAUGUAAUCACAUAUUUGAUGGCAUUCCUCUUAAGUUUAUAAACAAAAGUGGUGCUUUUGCUGGUCUUAAAUUUAGACAGGUGUCAGCAGCAGGAAGGGGAUGGGCUCACCUUGAAGGUGAACAGCAAAAGGACAAACACCUUUCUUAAAGAAACACUCUGACAAGUGGUGUGGGAAGCAGUGAAGCCCAUGCUGCCACAGGUUGCUUGGAGAGAUGGUGGACUCUCCAGUCUUUGAGGGGUUCAGAAUUUGAUUUUGGACAGUGGCCUGUGGGAUGUAAUGUCCAAAGUCUUUCUUUGAGUGGAGAGGUAGACCAGUUGGUCUGUGAAAUCCAUCCCAGCCCAAACUAAUCUUUUCAUUACUGUCAUUGCUCUAGAGUUCUGUUUUCUCACCAGAGAUUUUUUUUGUCUCUAGAUCCUAUGAGACAUGAAUAGCCUAGCCUGAAUUACUGGUUUUUGGGAAGCCUGGCUUUUCAUUUAUGCUAUUGUAUUCUUUCACUGUACCUCAGAUUUUUAUGAACAAAUCAUCAUGCUGUUUUAAAAGUUGGACUUGCUGCAGAAAAUAAUGAGUGCUUCCAUUUCACUGGAUGUAAGAUGAAUUGAAGAAUUGUUCCUUUAUUAGUUGUUUGGAAACUAAUGCUAAUGAGAGUCUUAGUUGCUGUCAUUUUCCCUUAGGGGGUAAAAUAAAGCAUUUUGUAUUGUACAACUUAUUUUGAGAAUGUUAUCAAGGAAUACCCACCCAAUUACAUUUUUUUAAAAUGCAACAACAGAAAAACCCCUGAGAAUGAUUUUUAACAAAUGUUCUCUAAAGUCGGGAUUUUUGCCUUAGGUAAGACCUUCUUUAUAAUGCAAAGCACUCAUGCCAGGAUGCAUAUUAAUGACAUGCAGAUGAAAAUAAGAAAUAAGCAGGUUUUUUUGUAGGUUAUGUUUAGAUGUUUCCAAGUUCCAUUUUCUAUUUCUUUGCAACUCAAAGGUAUAGUCGCUUAUUCUUGCCUAGUGAAUUUAGUGAUGCACAUAAUCUGAUUUAGAGGAUUGAUGAAUCUGCACAAAAGAGUUGGUAAUAAAUUUGUUAUGGUGUCAGGUGAAGAAAUGGAAAACACUGGCAAUGAUGACAAGGCUUUUGCAGAACAGUUUACCUGUCAAGGCAAAUACAUAAUCUGGAAAGCAUGAAUAAUGAUCUUUCUUUAUCUCAAUCACUGUAUGGCUUAUUCAGAGUUAUUGAAUGUGGGGUAGCCUUCACUUGCCAUAGAUGACAUCUUUUGAAACUAUGGAAGAAUAAUAUUGUUGAUUUUCCUGUGAA